AUGUUGCCACCCCUACACCAUGAUGAGGAAUAUGUGCUGUAUUCACCACUCUCAAGGAAACCCAUGACAAUGUUGCCACCCCAGCACCAUGGUGAGGAAUAUGUGAUGUAUUCACCACUCUCAUGGAAACCCAUGACAAUGUUGCCACCCCUACACCAUGAUGAGGAAUAUGUGCUGUAUUCACCACUCUCAAGGAAACCCAUGACAAUGUUGCCACCCCAGCACCAUGAUGAGGAAUAUGUGAUGUAUUCUCCACUCUCAAGGAAACCCAUGACAAUGUUGCCACCCCUACACCAUGAUGAGGAAUAUGUGAUGUAUUCUCCACUCUCAAGGAAACCCAUGACAAUGUUGCCACCCCAGCACCAUGAUGAGGAAUAUGUGAUGUAUUCACCACUCUCAAGGAAACCCAUGACAAUGUUGCCACCCCAGCACCAUGAUGAGGAAUAUGUGCUGUAUUCACCACUCUCAAGGAAACCCAUGACAAUGUUGCCACCCAGCACCAUGAUGAGGAAUAUGUGA